AUGACGACCGCCGGGCUAGAGAAGAAAGUAAAGGAUAAUUUCCUGACGUGCUCCAUCUGCUUCGAGAUGUACACAGACCCGUGUACACUGAGGUGUGAUCACACAUUCUGCAGGAAAUGUGUCACCUCAUACAUCCAAACCAGACCAGAUGCUGUACAGUCCAAGACCAUCCCCUGUCCCUGCUGUCAGCAAAAUACCAAGGCCCCCCACCCCAGCAGGCCGGUGGAGGAGUGGGCGGGGCAGAUCAAACCCAGCAUCAUUAUACAGGAGCUGAUUGACACCUAUAGGUCCGAGGAAGAUGUGCAAGAGACCUCGAGCAGCUGUUGUACGAUCUGUCAGCAACUAGGGGAGACAACUCCAGGGGCCUUGUGGUGUCCUGAGUGUGAAGUGGCCCUCUGUGACAAAUGUGUGAAGAUACACCGGGUGACACCCAAUUCACUAAACCAUGACCUGUGUGAGCUGUCGUCUAGGUCAAAGGUCAAAUGGAUGAUCAAGUGCACGGAACACAUGAGUAACUGUGUUGAGUUCCACUGUCAAGACUGUGGGAAGGCUGCCUGUCAGACAUGUUGUAUCCUCUACCACAGAGCUUGUAAGACUGUCCUCACCAUUGAGUCUAUGAAGCCAGGGAUGAAGGCAGCACUGAUGGAGAAGAGACUUGGCAUGGAGAAAAGACUGAAAGUGAGGUCGAAGAAAAUAGACAUACGAAACGAGAAGCUCCAAAGUAAUUCUAGAAUCACAGAGUCAGCUGUUCACAAUAUUAGGUUGAUCUGCCAGACAGCUAUUAACAAGGUUAAACAGAAAGAAACACAACUCUUGGAUGAACUGAAUAACAUAUCACAGACAUACGCCGACCAACUCCAAGCUGAUGUGAAGCUGGAAGAGAUCGAGAUGCAGAUGUACAGACAACAUUGCGAGUUCAUUGACCAGGCCUUGGUAUCGGGCUGUGAGAUGGAUCUGUAUGACACGUAUCAGGCCUGGGAGUCUGGAGCUGUAAAGAUGGAGGAUGUCAGAGGUACAGAGGCAGCAGACACCCGGAGAAUAGAGCACAUCAGGUUUAUACCUGACACAGACAACGGCCUGAAGAUCCUAGAUAACCUGCAGUUGGGGAAGAUUGACGUCACAUACCGGGAUCAGGGUACAUGUCUGUCAUCUCCUGUGCUGAUUGACAGGAUAGAUGGGAGGGUGUCGGAUGAUGAUGAGGAGCCUUACCUACAAGACAUAACAGUUCUGAUUAUAGAUGGUGUACAGACAUGUGUUGUUACGGACUAUAAUAACAAUUGCGUGAAAUCUUUCUUCACAAGAAAGAAUCAUUCAUGCCAUAGGAAGCUUCCCCUGGAUAACUCUCCACGUGGGAUAACACAGUUGAAUGAGAAGCAGGUGAUGGUUGCUGUCAGAGACUCCCAUGAGAUUGUAACAAUAGAAGUGACCCGUGACUUGGUGCUGCUCUCAACCAUCACAACCCGUACCGGUUACUGCAGUCUGGCUAUUCUGAAUCCUUCAUCUCUAGCAGCAGGUGACUGGCAAUGUGUUGAUAUCCUGGACAUGGCUGGACACGUGUUAAGGUCAGUCAAUACAUACAGUGGCAACUCACUGUUUACCUACCCCGACUACAUGUGUGUCAACAACAAGGGCAACCUACUCGUGUCUGACUGUGAGAAGAAGUCUGUGACAUGUCUGACGCCAGAGGGGGAUGUUGUGUGGAGAUACGCCCCUACCGGAGACAGAGCACUCUGCAACUCUCGUGGUAUCACAGCUACCACUACAGGAGACAUCUUGCUUGCAGACUGGAGCACGUGCAAGGUGAUACAGCUGACAGAGUCGGGGGAGCUUGUCAGAGAACUGCUCACGUUAGAAGGGGAUGAUGAGACAGGCAUGUGCGGUAUAUUCUGUGAUGAAGACGGUUUCGUAUUUCUAUGCACCAACUCGGAAGUGAAAGAGUACAUGUUUAUCUGACAUAAAACAUAGAACAAAAAGAAGUUAGUGCAGAGCUGGGAUUAGCCUAAC